CCAAUGUUUGGGAUGGAUUGUAUACACCUGUGUCCAUGGAGGGGAUUGGAACACCUGAAUCACAUGAUUUGGAGGGGAUUGGAACACCUGAAUCACAUGAUUUGGAGGGGAUUGGAACACCUGAAUCACAUGAUUUGGAGGGGAUUGGAACACCUGAGUCACAUGAUUUGGAGGGGAUUGGAACACCUGAGUCACAUGAUUGGGAGGGGAUUGGAACGCCUGAAUCCAAUGAUUUGGGAGGGAUAGAAGAGUCCAAUCACAUGAUAGGGGCAGAAUUAAAGAUCUUGUCAACUUGUAGGAGCAGGAUUGAAGGGUUUGAGCACCUAGUAGGGGGAGGAUAGAAGGGUCCUGUCACCUGGUAGGGACAGGAUUGAAAGGUUUGAUCACCUGGUAGGAUCAGGAUAGAAGUGCAAUCACCUGGUAGGGGCAGGAUAGAAGGGUCCGGUAACCAGGUAGGGGCAGAUUAGAAGGUCACUGUCACCUGGUAGGGGAAGAAUUAAAGAUCUUGUCAACUUGUAGGAGCAGGAUAGAAGGGUUUGAGCACCU